AGAAGUUUUGAAUUCUGGUUGGCAAAGGGACUAGGCGCAUACUCAAAUCUGCUGUUUUUAUAAUCAAACUUCCACUAUUUUAAAUUGCCGGAGGUUUUUGAAAAAUGGAUUCACCUCCUAAAAAAUUGAAGAUUGAGGCAAACGGAUCUCGUUUAAGUAAACUCUUGAUAAAUAACGGAACACAAGCUUUGAAAACAACAUUGCAGUUUAAUAUAAAUUUUCGCUCGUCAAACCUAAGGGAUGAACUUAAUAAACCCUCAAAUAAAAGUACAUUGGAAUCAUUAAGAAAAAGAAGCGUCAUCAACAAAGAGCAAUGGAACCUUCUUUAUCCAUCAACUGAUUUGCCAAACCUUGAAAACUUUGAUAUUUCAUUAUUGACUGUCUUAUUGCGUAACAUAUGUGGUUUAACAGCGCCACAUGGUGGAUGGGAUGAUCCUUCCUCUUCAGAUUCUUCAAUUUCAGCAAAUAUUGCAAGAAUAAAGUUUUAUCGAAACAAAGUGUACGGUCACAUAACCACAACUAGUGUAGAUGACAGUGAGUUUGAGCAUUUGUGGAAGGAAAUUUCAAAAGCAUUGGUUGGUUUGGGUAUUCAACAAACUGAAAUAGAUGAAGCAAAGAAAGCUCCCCUCAGUCCUGAUGAGGCAAACCAUAUUGAAAUAUUGAAAAACUGGUAUGAAAAAGAACAACAGUUGAUCAAUGUCGCUGAGGAAAUUAAAGAGGCUGUAAGAGCAAUAAAAAAAGAUUUUGAAGUUAUGAAAAAUAAAGUAGAAGACAUUAAAAAAAACAUGCCAACAAAAGCUGACGUAGCCAGAGUUAGAGAAACGAAACAGGACGAAGCAUAUUCAGUAGUCGAAAACCUUGGAAAGUGUAAUUUCAACGGUCAUAUAAAAGAUCUUAACAAGAAAUACCUUGAAGGGACUAGACAAUGGUUAUUUGAAAAACUCAACACUUGGUUUAACGAUAGAAGUGAAGAUGCUUCUAAUGUCAUGAUUUUGAUUGCCGGUCCUGGUGUUGGUAAAAGUGUGUUUGCUGCUGAGUUGUGUCGACGAUAUUCUGAAAAGAAGAAACUUGCUGCUUCUCAUUUCUGCAGAUAUAAUCGAUCAGAUGAGAGGAAUCCUCGAAUGUUGAUAGAGUCAUUGGCCAGUAGCAUGUGUGAUACAUUAUCAAAAUUUAAAAGUAAACUGAAUGAAGAAUUACAGAGAAAACAUUCCUACAAAUCAGUCACCGAUGAAUUCCGUGUUUUAUUAAAUAAUCCAUUGCAUUCCUUAAAAGAUCAUAAACCAAUGGUUUUGGUUAUUGAUGCCUUAGAUGAAAGCCAAGUUGCUGGCAAAAGUGAAUUGUUGGAAUUGAUUGCAGAAGAGUUUCACAAACUGCCUAAAUGGAUUAAAAUCUUCAUCACCAGUCGUCCAGAACUUCCUGUUCAAAAGGAGUUGAAAGUCAUGAAUCCUGUGGAGAUUACAACUCGUCCUCGUGAUAAAAACAACGAAGAAGACCUGCAGAAGUAUUUGAGACAUCAGUUAAAUAAUCGAAUGCAGGUAAAUCACUACGUUCUAUCGUCAUUAGUUAAAAAAUGUGAGGGAUCAUUUCUUUAUGCGUAUUACGCACAACUGAGCUUGAAAGAAGAAAAUAUUGAGCUUACUUACGAAAACAUUCAAGAAUUGGUCCCUAGUGGGUUAAGCGGUGUUUACACAAAGCAAUUCAAAAGAGUAAAAGAAUUGUUAACGAAGGAAAGUCCCAGAAAUUCUGUUAUCUCAGAAACUACUUUCAUGCAGUUUCUUGAAUUGUUGGCUGCCUGUCGGAAGUCUUUACCAUUAACUUUACUGCUUAGUUAUUUAGGUUUUUCUGGUGACAUCAUUGAACUGUUAUCCCAAAUUUUGCCAGUUUACGAUGAUUGUUUAACCGUGUAUCACAAGUCUCUAAUUGAUUGGUUGAAAUCAGAUGGUUACGAACAGCAUGAGUUUACAGUUAGUGCAAAAAAUGGUCAUAAGUUCUUAUGGCAUGCUUGUAAGAAAGUGUUUGAACAAAUUAAGUCGAUGAACAUUUUUGAAGAUCAGAGGAACACUGCUAUGAUUAAAUAUGCUUUGAAAAAUGGAAUUUAUCAUAUGUCAAAAUGUGGCAAAAAUGUUGACUUUAGCUGGGCAGUAGAUGUCAAAGUGGUUUAUGCGAAGUUAAUGUGUGUGGAAGACAUUAACAUGUAUACCAUUUUUUCUGAAUUGUCUAAAAUCAAUAAGGAACUACAAAGUUUUUUGAGAAAAGAUGAACAUGAAGAACUACUAUUUCAUUUGUCAUUGACGUUACUGAUAUUUAAUGAGUCAGAUAUUUUAAGGUCAGAUGAUAGCUUAGCUUUUUUACAAUAUAUUGCAAACAGAAUUCAUGGAAGUAACGACAAAAGGUUAUUGGCAAGGGAUUUAUUGAAACAAGGAAAGUUUGUUUGGUUUGAGGAUUUAGACUCAACAUAUUUAACAAACCAUCAUCAUUUGACUGUCUCCUUGCAUGCUAACGUUACAUCUCUUUGUGUGUCGUCCAAUGAAGAACUUCUUGCUGUAGGAUAUGAAAAUGGUCAAAUAUCUAUUUUUGAACUUCCUGAAUUUACAGAAAGAUGCACUCUUGGCACUGCACUCGAUGUUUCAAGGUUCGAUAAGGGGAAUGAUGUAAAGAAAUUUAUGUCCCUGUAUGACUAUAAUGACUAUCCAUUAUUAGAUAAAUUUGAUUUUGUAGAAGGAAACAUAUGUUGUUGCUCCUUUUCACCUACCGGAAAUAGACUGAUAACUAGUGAUGAAUCUACUGAAGUAAAGUUAUGGGACGUUAACAAUGGACGUUUGUUGUUAUGUUUACAGUCAGAUGAUGUCGUUAAUCGUUGCUCUUUCUUAGAUUCUAGUUUGUUCAUUACAGCAAAAAAUGGAAAACAUGAUCCUUUCGAAAAACCUGUAGAUGUGUUCACUGCAUGGAAUUCAGUAACUUUACAAAGAAUCGAUCGACGCCGCGUUGUUGAUUACCAAAAACUAAAAUACACCAAUAAAUAUUCAGAGCUCGUUGCUGCAAACUUCGUCGAGACUUCGUAUGUUUUUCAAUUCCCAAAGGCAAUCGAUGUUUUUCAAAGAGAAAAUAAGUUUCCACUAUUUUCAAUUUUAAAGACAACCCACCAUUAUCGUGAUUGUAUUCUUUAUCAUACAAGCCAGAAUGGAAAUGUUUCUGAAAUCAAUCAGUUGACAAAAUACAACGAUCAAGGAGAAAUCGUGUUUUGUUUACCAAAUGUUUGGUGUCCAUGUGGUAAUAGGAUUCUUAAAAAAGUCCAUCCAAUCUCGUUUAAGGAAUUUUACGUUGUCCCGUAUUUUUCCAAGCUUAAAAUUUUCAAAACUGAUCAUCUUUGGAGACCUUCAUUUAUCGUUGAGAAAUUUAAAAUUGAAUGUUGUUGUUUUUCACCGGAUGGAUCUUUUUUGGCUGCUUUCGCUGUUGGUGACCACGUCAACAUUCAUAUUUGGAGCAUUGAACGUUGCACUAUUAUUCAAACUGUACCAAUGCAACUGAAGAUAGCAAAAGGAUGUUGGUGGUCAGACGGCUUACUGUGGAUAUGGGAUGGUUCUGAUCAUCUUAUGAAGAUAUCAACUUCGUCUGAAAAUUUUGUAGAUUCUACUCAAGCAAAGUAUGUUAACAUUGGAUUUAAACCUCAGAAAAUCUUAACAUUUGCUGAUGUCUUAGUUUGUAUUGACGAACUAGAUUUUGUUCAAGUUGUUAAAAUUACCAAGGGUGGGAUACAAUACAACAAAAGACUUCCUGUCGAUAGUUCAAAAUUUAAAGCAGCAGCUGUUUCACCUGAUAAUUCUGGAUAUAUUCAGAUCAUAGCUCUCGAGUAA